AUGCCUUCACUAGCAACUAGUAGUUUGAACAAGAUUGAUUUCCAUCGUUUUAUAAGAGAAGGUGGUUGGUAUAUACUAUGUGGUUUCAUAUUAAUAUAUAUAAUACGACGAGUAUAUACCUAUUUAUUGACAUUGAUAUUGGGAAGUUGUAUUUCAGUUGGGUUACUUGUGUAUGUGAUCGUUACUACUAGGGGUGAAUAUAAAACUAAUAUAAUAUCUAGGCGGAAUGGUAGAUUCAAAUUCACUGUUGUCGAUAAUUGGCAACAACAAACAAGUGCAUUGACGGUCAACAGUAAAGAUUUGAUCGACCCCAUAUUUAAUGAAUCAAUAGAAAUAUCAGAGCUUUUCGAAACCUUCAUAGAUUUGAUUCUUAAUGAUUUCAUCAAUUCUUGGUUUACUAGUGUUUCUUCAAACACAUUAUUUCAAGAAAGUGUUAGUUUAGAAGUCAAGCUUCUAUUACAAACAUUUCAAAAGAAAUUACAAGAUAUCGAUUUUGCUAAACUAUUAGUAACUCAUAUAUUACCCAUUUUAAAUGAACAUUUCACUCGUUACAUUAAAGCUGAAGAUCUAGUGAAAUCAAACAAUACCAAAGCAGAUUCCCAAGAGUUUCAUAGAUUAGUGGCUCAGAAUUAUGAUAGAGGUAAAAUUCAUCAAGCAGUAACAUUAUCCACAACUGGUGAAUCUGAUUUAAAUGAAAAGAAGUAUCUAAGAUCAAAAGUUGCUGAAAUCAUCCCUCAAUUGUUAUCAGAAAAGGAAUCUAAGAAUGAAGUUUCAAUUGCAUUUUUAACCGAAAUUGUUGCAUGUACAAUAUUGACUAAUGUAUUCCGAUUGCUUAGUGAAGCUGAUUUUUAUAACAUGCUAAUUGUCAAUCUCAUAGGAGAUAAUUUAAAACAUAGAGAUCAAGUGAAGCAAUUACUUGCAGCAUUGGAAGUUCAUACGAAACAAUUAUCAUCAAAGGCAUCUAUAAACUUUCAAAAAUUACAAGAGUUUGAAGAUUCUAAUAAGGCAUAUACCAUCACUAAAAAUAUGGAUACUGGAACUUAUAGAGAAUUGUUAAAAUCAGUAAAUACUAUUGAUUCUAAUCCAAUUAUUUCUCAUAAAACUACUACCACUGAAAACGUCAAGCUUUAUGAUAUAUUGAAUAAUCUGCAUUUAUUGAAGUUGUUCCAAGAGUUCAUGUCUUACAGAGAUAGAUCAGAGUUUCUUGACUUUUGGUUAGAAGUUGAACUGAUCAAAGCUCCUUUGGAAGAUUCUACUAUAGGUGAAAAUGGUGAAAGUAAUCUAUCUUUAUCUUUAGAGUUCACAUCUUUACUGGAUAUUAAAGAUAUAUAUUCAAAUUAUACUAGUUUGGAUAUUUUUGACGACACGGAUGUUGAUGUUGUUAAUUUCAAAACUAUUACAAGUUCCAAUCAGGACAGCCUUGAGUCAUAUCUGAAAGCCAGAAAGUUAUUAUUCAAAUUUCAGAAUAAAGUGUAUAAAGAAAUGGAAGAUAAUGAUUUUGUAAAAUUUAAGAGUUCAACAUCAUUUUCAAAGAUCAUAACCAACAUUACAAAUGAUACCAUUGCUGAAGAGGUUAAUCCUGAUGUUAUUCAAGCUGUUGAAAAUGCAUUUAGUGAAAUUAUGAGCAAGCCACGAGAAUCAGCUAAUGUUAAUGAAUUCAAUUAUGAUCAAAAUAAGAGUAGCUCGUCAUCUUCGUUGAUUUACUUUUCUGAUUCGGAGAAAUCACAGACUAGUCAUAAAAAGGAAUUAUUUGGUGAAUCUUCAACAUUAUUUGGUAAUGAUGCAGCUGAUGCUGCACAUUUUAGAGGAUCUAAACUAUUUGACGAUUCCAGUGAUGAAUCUGAUAAUGAUAGUGAUGCUUUAAGUUUUCAAAAUGAUUCACAAACACUUGAAGGAAGUGAGAUUGAUGCUAAAGUAGUAGAUGAAGAGAACGUCAUCAGUAGCGACCAAGUAGGAUCCUCUGCACAAGUAUUUGUGGCAGCACCAGGGAAUUUGAAUCUUGCCGAAGAAAUUCCCAAGUUAACUGAAGAAAUUGAAAAAUUGAAUGAGCAAGUAAUUAUCUUAACACCAUUAUUAAGAAAAGCUGAACUUACUAAUAAUGUGGGAGAUUUGAAAAUUCUAUCAAGAUCUAUGGUAAGUUUAGAACGAGAAAUAAAUUCAAAAGAAUUACAAAAACAACAAUAUAUCGUCCAAGAGAAUGAUAAUAGUUUGUAUGGUAAAUCGAGAGUUUGUAUACAAUCAUAUAUUAGUGGGAAUGAAAAUGGGAAAGAAUUUAUUUUAUAUAUUAUUGAAGUUCAAAAAUUUGAUAGUAAUGAUCCAAAUGUUGUUAAAGCAGGAUGGGUUGUUGCGAGAAGGUUCAGUCAAUUUUAUAAAUUACAUGAAUAUUUGAAAUCAAGAUAUCCUAAUCAAGUUGGAUUAAUUAAAUUUCCUAGGAAAACCGUUUUAAAAUUCCAACAACGACAAAUAGUUGAACUUCGUAAAAUUGCAUUAGAAGAGUAUUUACAACAGUUAAUCAAUUUACCUCAAGUUUGUUCCGAUAUUGCUUUUAGAUCAUUUUUAUCAUCGGAGAAUUUUAGUAUUCAUAAAAGUACAUUAGAUGAAAGUAUGAAGUCGGGUAAAUCCAAGAGUUAUGUUGAACUGGUUGCUAAUAGAUUAUAUAAUGGGAUUUCAAGUAGAAUUGUCCCGAAUAUCACAAUUACUAAAGAGAAUGAUAAUGUAACCCAUACAAAUGUUGGAGGUGCAGAAGGUAAAGGUAAUAUUGUUAAUCCAAACCAAGAACAAGUGAUGAAAAAUAUUAUUGAUAUGCAACAAGAAUUAAAACUGUUUGAUGAAUAUGGAACCACUAAUACAGGAAUAUUUGUGAAACCAAUUUGUGACAUUCUUAUUUCAGUAUUCAGAUUGAAUAAUUCCAAGAGUUGGUUAAGAGGUCGAGCACUUAUUGUUAUAUUACAACAAAUAUUUGGUACUACGAUUGAAAAGAAAGUAUAUGAACAAAUCGAUCAACAAUUGAAAACCGAGCAAAGUUUAUUAAAUAUAAUGGGAUGGUUACAGAAUACAUUAUUCCCCAAUGGGAAGUUUAAAGACCCACCACCAAUUCGAACAUAUUAUCAACAAUCAUCUACAAGACAAGAAGCUAAAGUAUUAUUAGGAUUAUUUAUGAAUGAAACAUGUGCUAAGAUAUUUGGAACUUCAAAUACUGCAUUUGCAACUUCAAAAAUAUUUAGUAUGCUACAAAAUGAGUACCUUACAAAGCAUUUAAUUUUUGAAGUAUUUGAUGAAUUAGUUAAAGAGAUAUUUCCACUUGAGAAAUAG